AUGGAAAAAGUUUGUAAUUAUUGUUGCGCCAAAAAAUGGUCUGCAGAGUCAUUGGGAAUUUGUUGCUCUAAUGGACACGUCAAACUAAAUGAUAUUGAUGAACCAUUAGGAAUUCUGAAAGAAUUACUUAUUGGAACGGAUCCAAGAUCAAAACAUUUUCAGAAGAACAUUCGAAAAUACAACGGAUGUUUUGCAAUGACAUCUUUUGGAGGUAAAGAAGUUAGAGAAGGUAACUACAUGCCAACGUAUAAAGUGCAUGGCCAAAUAUAUCAUUUGAUUGGCAGUUUACUACCUUCAUUAGACACAAGAGCUCAAUUUCUACAAAUUUAUUUCACAUCAGAAGACGAACAAUUAAAUUUGCGACAUGAUUCUGUACCAUCUCUCAAAAUAGAAAUUUUGAAAACUUUACAACAGAUUCUUCGUGACAAUAAUAGUUAUGUACGUAGCUUUAUAACAGCUAUUGAACAAAUAGCACUUAACAAAGAUAACUAUAAAAUUGUAAUUCAUGCUGAAAAGCGACCGCUUGGUGAACACAGAGGUCGUUAUAAUGCUCCAACAACUAACGAAGUCGCAGUAUUGAUGGUUGACGAAGAAUGUGGAUUUAGGGAUAUAGUAUUGCGAUCACGCGAUAAUACAUUUCAAAGAAUAUCUGAACUUCACCGUUCUUACGAUCCAUUGCAGUACCCUCUUAUAUUUAUAAGAGGCGAAGAUGGUUACAACAUCAGUAUCCCACAAAUAGUACCAACUACUGGACAAGAUAAUUCUCGAAAAAUGGUUUCCUGUAUGCAGUUUUAUGCGUAUAAACUUAUGGUAAGAGAAAAUAGCUUUAACACGCUACACAGAUAUAGCCAAUUAUUCAAUCAAUAUUGCGUUGAUAUGGGUGCAAAAAUGAUUACUGAACGAUUAAAUUUUAUUCGGGCACAUCAAAAAACAUUACGAGCUGAAAAUUAUAUACAUUUGAGAGAUGCUGUAAAUGAAGACUCUAAUGUGGCGGAUAUAGGACAACUGGUUAUUUUACCAUCCACAUUUACAGGAUCACCUAGAUAUCUCCAUGAGCGGACACAGGAUGCCCUUACAUAUGUUCGUAAUUACGGAAGACCUGAUUUAUUUAUCACAUUCACGUGCAAUCCAGAAUGGCCUGAAGUUAAAACAGAAUUAUAUCCCGGUCAACGUCCAAGUGAAAGACACGACAUUGUUGCGAGAGUGUUUCACUUAAAAGUACAACAACUUAUAAAAAUCAUAACGAAGAAGGACAUUUUUGGUAAAGUUCGAUGCUACAUGUUUUCAAUUGAAUGGCAGAAGAGAGGUUUGCCUCAUGCCCACAUUUUAAUUUGGUUAGUCGACAAAAUAAGAUCUGAUGAAAUAGAUAGCAUUAUUUCAGCUGAAAUCCCUAAUAAGGAUGAAGAUCCAUUACUUUACGACAUAGUAUGCAAGAAUAUGAUCCACGGUCCAUGUGGAGCCGUCAAUUCCUCCUCACCUUGCAUGUCAAACGGUACAUGUUCAAAAAGAUAUCCCCGUGAUUUUCUUCAGUAUACACAAACUGGCGAUGAUGGAUAUCCUAAGUACAGAAGAAGAUGUCCGGCUGACGGUGGAAACAUUUAUACUAUAUCGCAUUGUAACUUCAUUGUUGAUAAUAAAUGGAUAGUUCCAUAUUGUCCAAUUCUCUCCAGAUGUUUCGUUGCACACGUCAACGUUGAAUAUUGCCAUUCUGUGCAAGCAAUCAAAUAUAUAUGUAAGUAUAUUAAUAAAGGUAGCGAUGCGGCUACGUUUGCCGUUGAAAAUAAAAAAGAUGAGGUUCAAAACUAUUUGAAUGGCAGAUAUUUGAGUACCUCUGAAAGUAUCUGGAGAAUACUAGGAUUUUCUAUUCACGAGCGCUAUUCUACAGUUGUCCAUUUAUCUGUCCAUUUAGAAAAUGGGCAAAGAGUGUAUUUUACUGAAAGAAAUCUACAACAAGUUAUAGAAAAUCCACCUCAGACCACUCUGACAGCCUUUUUUGCUCUGUGUGCAGUUGAUAAAUUUGCACAGACUUUGCUUUAUCACCAAGUACCGGCUUAUUAUAAAUGGUUUAAUAAAAAAUGGCAACGGAGAAAACGGGGCCAAGAUGUAGAUGGUUGUCCAGGUAUAAAGCGGGACACAGUAUUAGGAAUUAUGGAAUGCAUACCGGACACACCUAUGCGAUGA